AUGAACUUUCUGGGCAAGAUCCAUGAGCAAUACACGGAACUUUGGAAAGCGGUCAUUCGACCUCCGCGCGAUCAUUAUGAGAUCAAGGACCUGGGGCCACCAGUUUUCAGCAUUGAGAGCAAAACUUUCCAGCGGACAGACAUCUCUUUGAAGAAUCCUCGCGGCUUGACGAUAGUGUGCAGCCAUUUCGAGCCCAUCAGCAGGGAACGGCCGGCGGGAAAACUUCCGUGUGUCGUUUAUCUCCAUGGGAACUGUAGCAGCCGCCUCGAGGCGGUGAGCACGUUACCGGCGCUCUUGCCCUUCAACAUUACCGUAUUUUGCUUUGAUUUCGCUGGUUCCGGUCUGUCUGAUGGCGAGUAUCUCAGUCUUGGCUACUACGAAAGGGACGACCUUGCAGUCGUCAUUGAUCACCUCCGGGAAUCCAACCGGGUGACCUGCAUAGGCCUGUGGGGCAGGUCGAUGGGUGCUUCCACGGCUUUGCUUCAUGCAGAUCGGGAUCCCUCAAUCGCGGGCCUGGUCCUGGACAGUCCUUUCUCGGAUUUAAAGGUCCUCUGCGAGGAAUUGGUGGAUGGCUACACGAACAGCCGGGUGCCAAGGUGGGUCAUCGGCAUCGCUCUUCAACUGGUGCGCAAUUCCAUCAGUGCACAUGCCGAUUUUGACAUCUACGACCUUGCGCCUGUCCAGCAUGUCUCGCAGUCUUUCAUCCCCGCGCUGUUCACAGCCGCGUACAACGACCAUUUCAUCAAGCCCCACCACGCCAGGGAGCUGCAUUCUGCGUACGCUGGUGACAAGAACUUCAUCAUGGUGGAGGGGGAUCACAACUCGGCGCGGUCCAAGUUCUUCAUGGACUCAGUCUCCAUCUUUUUCUUCAACACACUGCAGUGUGAUGCCUUGGCGGUGGACGUGCAGAGUGAGGCAGUCGCAACUGCAGAGAUCCUCGCGGAUUCUGUGCGCAGGCCGCAGCCACCGGACUUAUCGCAGCUGGUCGCGCCUGCUCCAGCAUCUCAGGCCUUGGGCUUGCAGAUGCGUCUUGAGGUCUAUGCCUCGAAAGAGGUGAUGUCGAGGCCAGUGUCAGCUCCAGGGGCAACACCGUCAACUCGCUGGAAGCCACGAGCUCCCGAAGCAGUGAGGACGCUGCGUACUGCGCCUAGCAAGUACCCGCACCUUCGCGGCAAAGGCCCAGAGAGGGGUGCCGUGCUGUUUUUGCGCCUGGCGCCCUCUAGUCCUGUCCUGCUGCCGCUGAACUCUGGAGUGCGCAGAGUUGCAGGCAGAGCAAGGAUGGGCAGGAGACAGGAUACGAAAAAGCGGGAGGCACCGAAAGCUUCGUCAAAGAAGAAAGAUGCCACUGGAGGCUAUGGCAAAACCGAGCGUCUCUCGGCAGAUGCGCUUGGCUUCCAAAUAAGGACCGGUCCAGAUGCACCGAACAAGACCGGUGCGAGUAUGGAUAUCGAGGUCAGUGAGAUCGUUGUCUUUGCUGGGAGACAGGAGCUCUUGUACAAUGCCACGCUGAGACUGGCGCAGGGCCACAAGUACGGGCUUAUCGGUCGCAACGGUGUUGGCAAGAGUACGCUGCUCCGGGCCAUGGCAGAGCGUGACGGACGUGUGCCGAUCCCACAGCACUUCAUGAUUAUGCAUGUCGAACAGGAAAUCAAAGGCGAUGACACUCCAGUUUUGCAGAGUGUGCUGCAGGCUGACCAGGAGCGUGAGUGGCUGCUCAAGGUUGAGCAGGAGUUGCUCGAAAAGGAGGACGAUGGGAGCGGCCAGGAGCCGAAGGUGGGCGGUGUCGGAUUGAUGGAGGUUUACGAAAGGUUGGAAGAGCUGGGGAACGAUGAUGCCGAGGCUCGAGCGGCUGUAAUUUUGGCCGGGCUUGGUUUCUCGGGGGAGGACCAGCAGCGGCCGACUAAAGAGUUCAGCGGGGGCUGGCGCAUGCGAAUUGCACUGGCGCAAUCGCUUUUUGUGCAGCCAGAUUUGCUCCUCUUGGACGAGCCGACGAACCACUUGGACGUCCACGCGGUGACCUGGCUCGAGGAGUUUUUGAAGACCUGGGAGAAGACCGUCGUGGUCGUUUCUCAUGACAGGUGCUUCUUGAACAAUACUACAUCCAACACUGUCUUUCUGCACCGCAAGAGGCUAUGGUACUAUGGUGGUAAUUACGAGACAUUCCUUCGAGUCCGAGCAGAGCAGCGGACAAAUCAGGAGGCUAUUGCCCAGCAGCAGCAAAGGAAAGUGGCGAACCUGAAGCAGUUCAUCCAACGCUUCGGGCAAGGCCACAAAAAGAUGGCCAAGCAGAGCCGCCUUGGCUGGAACACUGGGACACUGAGACGAGGUGAAAUGAGCCGGGCACCACGCCUGUUGCGAAUCCGGCCCGUGCUGGCUCUUACCUCUGUGGCUGCGGCGCCGCUUGUGGUCCGUCGAUUCGACAGGUCUUUCGCUCGCUGCGAGAGUCGCGCUGAGCAGUCGCUGGACCAAUUCUUGAAGAGCAGCAAGGCGCAGCAGUGGAUCGAGCUCAACAGCGACAAGUCACAAAGCUGUCUAGUUAACACUGAUUCUGUGAACUGGAUUGAGACCGCUGCGGGUGGAGUUCGGCGCAAGAUGAUAGAAAGGAUUGGUGGAGAAGUGGCUAGAGCCACAACAGUCGUCAACUUUCAGCCCAAUGCUUCCUUCCCUGCACAUGUGCAUAGGGGCGGAGAGGAGUUCCUGGUGUUACAGGGCGAUUGGUACGACGACUGGGCCACUCAGCCGGCCUACACGUAUGUCCGCAACUACAUCGGUUCCAAGCACACACCCCGCAUUGGGCCGAAAGGCUGCACCAUCUUGGUCAAGCUCUGCCAGAUGUCCGAGCAGCACAAGGAGCCCGACCACUCUCAGUGGGAUAUUUCCGAGUCCAACACAAACUGGAGGGUUUGCUCCUCGAUCAGUGGGCGACGGCUGCUGAAUGUUUUCGAGUCUCCUCUAGAGGAGGUCCACUUUGAGCGUUGGCAGCCGAAUCAAUCAGGAGACGUUGAUAUACCGGAGACCGGCGAGGAGGUCUUCGUGAUCGAAGGCUCCUUCACGGAUGAGUUGGGCGAGCACCGAACAUGGUCCUGGAGCCGAAAUGCUGGCGACAAGCAGCGCCUGAAGCGCACCUCCGGCCCAGAGGGCUGUCUGCUCUACGUGAAAUCGCGGCACCUGAGAUCGCCCGAGGCCGAUGGCCGAGGUGGAUAUCGCCGCGAUGCAGACUCCUGCGUCCUCAUGAGUGCAAACCGCCUUUUGUGCGGUGAAAUGCGAGCAUUGUCAUUGCAGAUCGAGAUGUUUGCACAGACUAGCAGCGUGGGUAGCGUUGACAGCAUUAUGCGCAUUAUGCAUGGAAGCCCGCGCACUCAGAAAACGAUUUGCAGACGACUUGCGCAGAACCUCGACUUCGGGGUGGACUGUAAGUCCACCUUCCUCAAGCUGCUGGAUGGUUCGCUGGAGCCAACCCACGGCUUUGUCAGGAGACAUGCCAAGCUCCAGUUGGCAAGGUUCACACAGCAUCAUAUCGAGAUGAUGGAUCCAGAUUCUGAUGCUGUGACUCACAUGCGCAAGCUCGGAGCUGGUGGUAUCAAGGAGGAUGGGACCAGCGAGGUCACCAUUGAGGAGGCACGAAAAUACCUUGGCCGUUUCGGCCUGCACGGCGACCUUGCCCUCCAGCCGGUGAAGUUCCUGAGCGGCGGCCAAAAGAGCCGCUUAGCCUUCGCGGAGCUUGCCUGGUCUGCUCCUCACAUCAUGCUCCUGGACGAGCCGACGAACCAUUUGGACCUCGAAACAAUCGAGGGCCUUGCAAUGGCGCUGAACAAAUUCGAGGGAGGCGUGGUUCUCGUCAGUCACGACGAUCGACUACUCUCCAUGGUUGCAGACGAGCUCUGGGUAGUGACUCCGGGCAAGUCGAAGGAUGUGCCUGGAAGGGUCACCGUGUUUGAAGGAUCCUUCGAGGAGUACCGGGAAAUGCUUCGCAAUGAUUUCAUUCAGAAAAAUCUCACAAGUGGCGGCCGCAUCAAGCGAGCAUCUUGA